CCCGCCCAGGGUUUCAGAAUGGACCUGUGCCGUGCAGAUCCAGCUGAGCUCAGCAGUGGGGAGGCCAAGGAGCUACAGCAGAUCAAAUGGCACAGGAAGCAACUACUGGAAGACAUCCAGAAACUGAAGGAUGAAAUUGCAGACGUGUUUGCCCAAAUGGACUGCUUCGAGAGCACUGAGGAGAGCCGGAUGGCGCAGAAAGAGAAGGAGAUGUGUAUCGGGAGGAAGAAAUUCAACAUGGACCCUGACAAGGGUAUCCAGUAUCUCGUUGAGCACAAUCUGCUGACCUCCAACGUCCAGGACAUAGCUCAGUUCCUGUACAAGGGCGACGGCCUCAGCAAGACAGCCAUUGGCACCUACUUGGGGGAAAAGGACCCCAUCAACUUGCAGGUCCUGCAGGCCUUUGUGGACUGCCACGAGUUUGCCAACCUCAACCUGGUCCAGGCCCUCAGGCAGUUUCUCUGGAGCUUCCGGCUGCCGGGAGAGGCCCAGAAGAUCGACCGCAUGAUGGAGGCCUUCGCUGCCCGCUACUGCCUCUGUAACCCCGGUGUCUUCCGAUCCACAGACACCUGCUACGUGCUGUCCUUCUCUGUCAUCAUGCUCAACACUGGCUUGCACAACCCCAACGUCCGGGACAGACCGCCCUUCGAGCGCUUUGUGUCCAUGAAUCGAGGCAUCAACAAUGGCAGUGACCUUCCGGAGGAGCAGCUUCGGAACCUGUUCGAUAGCAUCAAGAGUGAGCCCUUCUCCAUUCCCGAGGAUGAUGGUGGUGAUCUAACGCACACCUUCUUUAACCCUGACCGUGAAGGCUGGCUACUCAAGCUGGGGGGCCGCGUGAAGACGUGGAAGCGGCGCUGGUUCAUCCUCACUGACAACUGCCUUUACUACUUUGAGUUCACCACUGACAAGGAGCCUCGGGGAAUCAUCCCACUGGAGAACCUCUCCGUGCAGAAGGUGGAGGACCCCAAAAAGCCGUUCUGCCUGGAGCUGUACAACCCCAGCUGCCGGGGCCAGAAGAUAAAGGCGUGCAAGACGGAUGGGGACGGCAAAGUGGUGGAGGGAAAACAUCAGUCCUACCGAAUCUCAGCAGCCAAUGCAGAAGAGCGGGAUCAGUGGAUCGAGGCCAUCCGGGCCAGUAUGACCCGAGUCCCCUUCUAUGACCUGUUGUCUGCCCGGAAGAAGAAGAUUGUCAGCAAGCAGUGAGCUUACGGAAGGCGGCGCUGGCAACCCCGUAGGACCUGUGGUACCUGGAGACACAUCCUCACCCGCUGUGCCUGCUCACAAACUUGCCCCUCCCCAUCACUGGAACUGGCUGUGGGAAACAUGGAACCUCAGAGAGCACAGAGCUCACGGGGAGCCCCUGGUACCAGCGCUGCCUGCCAGGAAGAACCUCUGAAGCUCUGUCCUGGACUUGCUGUGGCUGAGGAGGAGCCAGCCCAUAGCCUAUCCUGGCCCACCUUCUCCCUCCCCAGCAGGAGGCUUCCAGCUCUGGACUUUCCUUCGCUUAGACUGGGCCGGGGCCUCCCUGCCAGCGCCAGGUAUCAGCAAACACUCACCUUGGAGCCCGAAGCUGCAGACACGCCCCUCUGCUGAAUCACAGCCCUCCCCUGGGUCUUAACAAAAAUGCAUAGUUCGGACAGGAAACAUGUCGGCCCAGCGGACUCUGGCUUGGCUUCCUGGGAGAGCUGGGAAACCAGACAGACAGACUGAGCUGGAAGAUUCUGAGGUACUGCCAGCACCAUUCCUAAGGGCGUUGGCGUGAGAAGAUGAGCAAAGGGGACACUCUCAAGGCUGUACCUGUGGCUGGUAGGUUGACCUGCUGCUCGGAAAAAUGGGAGAGGAGAAUGCUUCAGGCUGUGCCCACCAGGAGGGCUGCUUGGAGGCUACAGAGAGCCAGCUGGUAGCCUAGGACUCACGCUCGGACAGACUCUCACAGAUGGCACGUUAGGGGCUGCGGAAGGGGCGCCUGUUCCCGCCUCCCGCCACAGCAAGACCACCUGAGCAAUAGGUUCCAGUGCGCCCGCCUGUAAAAUGGGAAUAGCUAAGUACAUAUGAAAUGCGUAGGCCAGUAGGCCCAGCAAGAAGGUCUAAUGGGUAAAAUCACGUGCCACCAAGCCUGGGGAUCCCAGUUAGAUCCCAAGGACACACACAGCAGGUUGCUGUGACCCCGGGGGAGGUCCCACGUGGAGGAGGCUUUUCCCUCAGAGCGCUUGUAUCCCCUCUCCUGCCUGGGGAGCCCCCAGGGGGAAAUUCCUCAGCAAAGCAGCAAGAAAAAGGGCUCCCCGGGCCCUGUGCGAGCCUGGGCCCUGAGCAAGAGAAGGUGGCUAUGCUGCCCUCAUCCUCCCUCAGGACCCCACAAGUAUACAUGUCCCCCGGGGUCAGGAAGAACAGUGUGGUAGGGGGGAUGGGACUCCUGUUUCUGGGAGCUGGGGCACAAGUGGACAGAGCCCCUGCUGGACCAAGUUGAGGAUUUGGUUGUGAGCUGAGCCCACCUCAGCUGCACCCAUUCGGGGGUAAGGGACCCUAAAGUCUUCCUCUGCCUCUGGCAUGUGUUUGUGUGCACAAAGGCUGUCCGUCCUUUGUCCCCUCCCCUCUCUCACCCUCGGCUUCUUCCCCAGCACCAAGGUGGUGGGGGGCAUCCAUUUAUUUCCUGUUGUAACACUUAGAAGCAAGAAUAAAGCUCACGAUCCAACUCACGGA